AUGCAGGCAAACAGGCUCAUUCAACUGCCGUACGCCGUCGAUAUCAAUCAGAACAAGUCGAUAUGCCACGCAUGCAAGGGCUUCAUCAAGACGGUGAGUUUCCUGAACUGCUCUGAUCGAAGUACCAUUCCUAAUUUGCUUCAGGGAGUCGUUCGGAUGACCAUUCGUAAUACGAAACAGAUAGCCACCAUGGAAACCGAGAAGUGGAUGCACUGUGAAUGCUUCUGGAGGAGUUUGAAGAGAGGAGUGGACGACAUUAACGGAUCUUCUAUCGGCGGAAUGGAUCGGUUGGACUGGAAUACUCAAGAAAUGAUUCGUGAACAGAUACGAAGAUUCAAGUUCGAGCCCGAAACGUCGCCAACGUUCACAGGAACCCUCGUCGACUUCAAAAAUCAGAGAAUCGCGAAAUCUGCGUCGAACAGAGGGAAAUGCAGCAAAUGUUUUCAGUUUUUCGAGAAAGAUGAACUGAAAAUGAUGAUGAAGAUGAAAUCCUACCAUGCAAGGUGUCAUUUCGAAUCGAUUGACAAGUUUCUGGGCAGAUUGGAUGAUAUACCCGGAUGGAUGGGCCAGGAAGAGAAGUGGAAAGAGAAGACCAUUCAGGCGUUCGAGGAAAUCCACGGAAAGCGAGAGAAGGAUCCGAAAUGUGAUGAAAAUAGCGGAAAUCCUUCGAAUGAAAGCUACGCUAUGUCGGACGGAAAUGACGAAGAUUUGGCCAACCUGACGUUCACAAUCCACGAAAUGUCUUUCACUUCUGAUGGCUAUUCGUCUUCGAAAACCUCGUCACCAGCUGACUCCCAGACAUCGUCGAAGCGCUCAGCUGCACCGAAUGAGGAAGAGGCGGAUACGAAGAGAAGACGGCUCGCCCGAAUGGCGAAAAUAAUGGAGAUCCGUCAGAAAAAGAUGAGGGACCAGGCCGACCGGAUGUUCGCCCUCCGACAGUGCUUCCGGCGCAUUUAUUUAGUUGAAAUCAAGUCUAUUUUCGUGGAAAACGACCAAGACGAGUGCGAUGACGCCGAGAAAGCAAGAGAUCUGCUCGUUGAUAUGGCUCUUUUCGGAAAUCCGAUUACGUGUCAGGAGUGUCUUGACGGAAAGAUCACCUACAAUUCGAUAAAGCAGUUGUACGAGUGCAAUGGCUACAAGACAGUCUACACAAGAUGCCGCUUCACCAGCAAAAACCCUGUCCGCACUCCGUUCGUCAUGCCGGCGAGGUUCAUCGAAAAAUAUCAGCUGCAGACGGUGAUUUUCAAUCAGAUGCACGAGCGAAUCUAUCCGAAACAAGAGGAGAUUGUGAACAAAGUUGAAGGCUGUGGCUCUCCGGGCGACGGGAACACGUCGAUUCUGGCGGCGGAGGCAUUCGAAGCAUUCAACUCGCUCCCAACCAGUCAGUGCAUUUAGCUAACAAAAACUAUAUCUGAUGUCUUUUUUGUAGAUGUAGUCAACCCGGCAACAGCUACCACAACACACAUUCUGAAAAAUGGAACUCUCGUGGAUGCGAAGUGCCCGCACGCUUACAAAUCUCAUGUGGUCAAACCGUAUCAGGCGGCGCUAUCGAUGACAGACGUCACGGAAAACAAGAACUCGUACUAUAAGAUUCAACUGUUGAAGGAGGACUCGGCGGAGUGAGUGAGAAUUGUGCUCUUCCAGAAAAACAGUAGUCCUUUCAGGCUCUUCCAUUUAUUCUCCUCGUGGGGACGCGUCGGCACGGAUUUCGGUGGACACUACACGGAAUCUUUCAAUGAAAAAGUGGAGGCGAUAAGACGAUUCGAGCAGUUGUUCUCUCAGAAAACAAAGAACGAGUGGAAAUACCGAAAGUACUUCCGCAAACUGCCUGGACAGUUCAACUACGUCGAAACGGAUUUCUCGGAGCUGGAGACGAUGGACGCGCAUGGAAUAGAGCCAGGCUCACGCACGAAAUUGCCGAUAGGAGUCAAAGAAGUGGUGAUGGCUAUCUUUGACGUUGAGAAAAUGAAAGCCGCGCUCAAAAGUUUCGACAUGGACCUUGAGAAGAUGCCGUUGGGGCAGCUCUCCAGAAAUCAGAUCAAAACUGCGUUUGGAGUGCUAACGAAGCUCUCAUGGCUCGUGGUGACAGAGAACAAUGGACCGGAAAUCGUGGACGCCACAAACAAGUUCUACACGCUCAUCCCGCACAGCUUCGGAAUGAAAAGUCCAGAGCCACUCGACACUCCUUCAAAGAUCAAGGUUUUCAAAGAUCAUUUUCCUGUCUUAAUGAAAACGAUUGCAGAAGAAGUCCGAAAUGCUGACUGCAUUGCUCGAGAUAAAGUACGCGUACGAUCUGGGUACCGACAGACUGCCAAGGUCGCUUAUUCAAGUGGAUCCAGUCGAUAUCAACUAUGAGAAGCUGAAGUGCGUGAUGAGUCCGUUGCCACGUGGAUGUCAAGAUUGGGAAUACAUCGAGUCGUACAUGAAGAACACCCGAGGAUCCACUCAUCAUUUACGAGUUGAUCUCGUCGAUGUAGGCUCUCGUUUUUUUUUUAAAGAUUCUUCACCUUUUUUUUAAGAUCUUGAUAGUUAAUCGUGCGAACGAAUCAGGAAAGUUCCGCAAAGAUCUGGGCAACCGCAAACUACUGUGGCACGGAUCUGCUCGCAUGAACUUCGCUGGAAUACUCGGCCACGGACUCCGAAUUGCACCUCCCGAAGCUCCCUCCAAUGGAUACAUGUUCGGAAAGGGCGUCUACUUUACCGACAUGUUCUCAAAAAGCUUCUUCUAUUGCCGAGCGAAGCAGACUAAAGAGGAAGUCUAUCUCCUAUUGUGUGACGUUGCGCUGGGCACUCCGAGCAUCGUGUUUGCAGCGCAAAACUUGAGCGCAGAGAAAUUGCCCGCUGGAACGCAUUCAGUCCACGGUUGGAAUAAACGAGUCAUUUGGGUGUAAAUCUAGAAUUUGCAGCCAUCGGACGAGAAUGUCCCCACGAAAUCGGCACGGUUCUUCACAAGGACGGCUUCGAAAUUCCGACAGGACACCGAAAAACUCAACUUCACGGUCAACACGGUGUAAAUUUUCAUCUUUUGUACAAUGAGUGAGCCUUUUUGCAUCGUUCUCCGCGCACUCCUUCGCUUCAGGUACAUUGUCUAUGAUGUCGAUCAGAUUGAAUUGAAGUACCUGGUCCGCGUCCGCGUUCACGAAGCGAAACAUCUGCAAUAA